AAAUCAGGUUACUAGAUAUGAAAAGUUUUAAAAAAUUAUGAAUGGAUUUUGUUUUAUUUACGUUAAUUUAUUUUAUCGUCAAUAAACCGAUACAGAAAUGAGACGAAGUUGUGCUCCAAGUCAAAAAGGCCAGACUUCUUCCCCAACACCAGAUUCGCAAAACGAUCAUGUUUCAAAAGUUUUAAGAGAAUUCUCUUCCCCAAUUACGGUUUCACUUAAGAGAACUAGGGAUAAAUCUAAAGACAAUGUGCAGAAAAAACGGAAGUCAUUUUUGCUUAUGGAUAGUGAAAAUAAAAUUAUAUUUGUAUCUAAUCAUGAGGAUAUAAUUAAAAAGCUUUCUAAACCGUUUUCGUGCCCCGUCCCAAAUUAUGAAGGCUCACAAACCACUAAGAACUUGGGUAUCCGUAGGUCACAACCUAGAAGGGCAUUAUAUGAUCCUAAUAUGCCAAAUGUGUUAGUACUAUAUGAACCACCUCUUCAAAGUGAGCAUGAUAAAAUGAUGAACGAGAAAGAUAUUUUAGUUCAUGUUGUAGUUGACCCAAUGUUAGGGAAUAUAUUAAGACCACAUCAGAGAGAAGGAGUUAAAUUUAUGUAUGACUGUGUAACUGGAGUUCAAAUUCCUGGUUCGUAUGGCUGUAUAAUGGCAGAUGAAAUGGGUCUGGGAAAGACAUUACAGUGUAUUACCUUACUAUGGACUUUAGUUAGACAAGGACCAGAAGCAAAACCAACUAUUUGCAAAGGCAUUAUAGUGUGUCCUAGUAGUCUUGUUAAGAAUUGGUUUAAUGAAAUAAAUAAGUGGCUAGGUGGAAGAUUGCCAGCAUUAAUGAUAGAUGGUGGAUCAGACGUUAAAAAGAAAUUGACCCAGUAUAUGCAGGGACAGGGCAGAAUGGCCACACCGGUCUUAAUAAUAUCCUACGAAACAUUUCGAAUGCACGCUAAUAUACUGCACAGCAGUGAAAUUGGUUUGGUUUUAUGUGAUGAAGGACACAGGCUGAAGAAUUGUGAAAAUCAAACGUACAGAGCUCUUAUGGCUCUGAAUGCUAAAAGACGAGUUCUACUCAGUGGAACUCCCAUUCAAAAUGAUCUACUAGAAUAUUUCAGUUUAAUACAUUUCGUCAAUGAGGGGCUUUUAGGUACAUCAGCAGAAUUUAAGAAAAAAUAUGAGAACUGCAUUUUGAAAGGUCAAGAUUCUUUAGCUACACCAGAAGAAAGGAAAAAAGCAGUUGAAAAAAUUAAUGAAUUAACCACCAUUGUGAAUAAGUGUCUUAUUAGAAGGACAUCGGCCUUAUUAACAAAAUAUCUACCUGUUAAAUUUGAGAUGAUUGUUGUUUGUCAGUUGACUCCUUAUCAGAAACAAAUUUAUUUGAAUUAUAUUAAUUCUGAAGCCGUUAAACGUACAGUUUUGGAUGGUGAAUUAGGGGAGAAAACACCAGGCGGAACAAGUUCAUUGGCAAGCAUUACCACAUUAAAAAAAUUAUGCAACCAUCCAGACCUCAUUUUAGACAAAAUUAUAGAAGGAGGAGAAGGUUUUGAGAAAUCCAUAAAUAUCCUACCACCCAAGAGAGGUGACAUGGACGUGAGACCAGAACUAUCAUCAAAAAUGAUUGUUCUGGACUACUUCUUAGCCAACCUCAGGGCCAAUUAUAAUGACAAAGUUGUCAUUGUUAGUAAUUGGACUCAAACUUUAGAUUUAUUCGAAAAGUUAUGGACUAAAAGAGGUUAUCAAUAUGUGAGACUUGAUGGUACAAUGAGUAUAAAGAAGCGUGCUAAAAUCGUCGAAAGUUUUAAUAACCCAGACUCCAAAGAUUUUAUAUUUAUGCUUAGCUCGAAAGCGGGAGGUUGUGGCUUGAAUUUGAUUGGAGCUAAUAGAUUGAUUAUGUAUGAUCCUGAUUGGAACCCUGCCAAUGACGAACAAGCAAUGGCUCGCGUAUGGAGGGAUGGCCAACAGAAACCUUGUUACAUCUACCGCUUUUUCUGUGCUGGAACCAUUGAAGAGAAAAUCUUCCAGAGACAAGCUCACAAGAAGGCUUUGAGUUCUACCAUUGUCGAUAUGAACGAAGAGGCCGCCAGACAUUUUAGCGUAGCAGAGUUGAGAGAUCUCUUUAGGUUAGAGGAAACUGAAUCAGACACUCAUACCAAACUGAAGUGCAAAAAUUGCUUCAACAAAAUGUCAAUAAAGAACCCACCAGAUGACGCUGAUUGUACCGCGGAUUUGUCACUGUGGUACCAUUGUUGGGAUAAAAAGGGUCUAGCUGAUAUGGUUUUGAAACAAAUUUGGGAUAUGUGUCAAUACAUUUCGUUCGUGUUUCAUCAAAAAUCUGCAAAGCAAGAGGUGAAAGCAGUGAAAAGUUUUGAAGAAGUUGUUGAAGAAAAAGAGUCAGACUGCGAAAAUAACGAUGACAGUGAUGAUUCUGAUUAUUGUCAAUAAAGUUAAAUGUGUUUAUA